AUGCGAACCAGACCAGACGACGCGACAACACCCAUCUCCUGCCAGGCUUUCAUCUCCGACAUAGACACAGCCGUCGACUCCACUCCAGCCGACGAUUCCAUCAUAGGUAAGAUUUUUGAUUUCCAUCACAGGUGGACCAUAUUCACUGGUCGAAUGAGACAAAAUGAAACUUCUCCACUUCCUACUCAUAACAGAGUGAAAAUUAACAUCCAUGGGAGUUAUUUACCCUUUUCUCAGUCAAAUUCAGCAGCCACUUCACCUUCUGUUCCAAGAAGUCCAGGGAGGCCUGAUAAUUUACCUAGCCCAGGGUCAAAAUGGAAGAAAGGGAAGCUUCUGGGUAGAGUGAUGAAAAAGCUCCGGAUGGAUGAACGGUUUGAUCUGAGCAUGAGUGAUACGGAUUUAGUACCUAUUUUGAUUCAGGAAAACUAUAUAAACUACAGGCCAAGUAUAGCUGGCAAAGAUGAUAAUGGUGUGAAGAGGUUGAACUUGAUAGCACAUGUUGCUGAUUCUAUUGCAAGUGGAGAUAUAAUCAAGGAUGAAGGUGUUGAAAAGGUUGUUGAGUUUAUGGAUGCAUACUCCAUUAGUCAGGAGGAUUUUGAGUCACUGAUGCUCAUGUCCAAGUUUCAGGGGCGACCUAAUUUACUUGAGGGUGUGCAACCUGCUGUAAAAGCUGCACUGACAAAGGCAUACAAUAAAGGAAGCAAGACACGAGUGAUACGAAUAGCAGAUUUGAUCACACUUCCAGGCAUUAAUAAAGCUCCAAAAAACGGGUUCAAGCAAUGCUAG